CCCACCCCCUCCGGUGCCUGCUUCUCGGCCGCGACACAAAAAGCUCCCGCUUGAGCCGAGCGGCUGACGGCGGCGUCCGACCCCGAACGCGAGGGCAGCGGGCGGGCGGCGGGCGCUUCCGAGGGGCCCGACGCGGAGCCGGGGCCGCCGGGGUCGCCGCCGCGCUGCCCGCGCCCGCUCCGCAGCCCGCGGCUGGAGGACUGGGCUGGAGCCGGGACCACCCCCCGCGAUGCUGUUGCCCCCCGCCGCCGGUGUAGGGUGCGCGCGACCCCGCUGCGGAAAAAGAUCAGCUGAACAAAGCUCAGGCUCAAUUGUGCUGUGCUUCCUGCUUGUCAGCCUCUUGCCUCCCCAACGCGUACCAUUUCCACUUGAUGUCAUCACGCAGAAGGGGGCGAAAGGGACUCAAUGACAGAUUCAGAAAUGAACAUGGAUGAGUCUGCUGGAUGUCUGUGAGCUCCUGGGUCACUCCCUGGUGCUGGAAAGACCCGGAGAAGGCGGCAAGCGUUGGAGCCCAGGACUCUGAGAGGCUCCUAGCCCUUCACCUUGGACUUGACCAUCCUGCCCACGGGCCGCGAUGGAGACGCUCUCCCAAGAUUCCUUGCUGGAAUGUCAGAUCUGCUUCAAUUAUUACAGCCCCCGGCGCAGGCCCAAGUUGCUGGAUUGCAAACACACCUGCUGCUCCGUUUGCCUCCAGCAGAUGAGGACGAGCCAGAAGGACGUGAGGUGCCCCUGGUGCCGGGGCGUCACCAAGCUGCCCCCGGGCUUCUCCGUGUCGCAGCUCCCCGACGACCCCGAGGUCCUGGCCGUCAUCGCCAUCCCGCACGCGUCGGAGCACACCCCGGUCUUCAUCAAACUUCCCAGCAACGGGUGCUACAUGCUGCCCUUGCCCCUCUCCAAGGAGCGCACGCUGCUGCCCGGGGACCUGGGCUGCCGCCUGCUGGCCGGGGGCCAGCGCAAGGCCGUCACCGUGGUGACCGUCCCCGCCGAACAGCAGCCGCUCCAGGGCGCAGCUGCCCCGGAGGCGGCGGCGGAGGAGCCGGACCGGCGCGGCGCGGUGAAGAGCUCCACGUGGUCGGGCGUGUGCACCGUCAUCCUGGUGGCGUGCGUGCUGGUUUUCCUGCUCGGCAUCGUGCUCCACAACAUGUCUUGCAUUUCCAAGCGCUUCACUGUGAUCUCCUGUGGCUGAGGGGUGUGGCAGAGAAGGGUCUCGCGUGGUUGCCCGCUUGGGGGUGAGCAGGUGUUGGUGACGGGGGUGUCGGUGAGCAGAUGGGGGGGGGGCGAUUCUGACCAUUUAGUGUGGAACUCUGGCCUCGGGGUUGCCAUUUGAUAAACCUGAAGGCAGACACGAAGGGCAGAAUGGAAGGUCUCGUUUGGCAAGACAACAGGCUGGUUGCUGUGAGAACUGAGGGCAGCGGCUCUGAGGACGAUUGCAUGCCUCCUCGUAAUCAUUUACUAAACGGACCGUAAUCCAUGAUUUGCAAAACCCGGUUCCAAGAUAGACCUAUUCCACUUAGAGGUUAAGCUGUGCAAGUGCAUACAAUGUGUCUAUCAAUGCAGUAGAUUAAAACAGAGAUGCUGUGUAGACAAGUAGAAUUACGCUUGAGAGUCCAUGUGCAAAUUCAGUAAAGAUAAGCUGCACUGGUUUCCUUCCUUUUCUUUCUUUUUUUUUUUUAAUGAAAUCCAGCCCUCAUGUAGUUGCUGGGACUUUUUAUAUAUUUUGAAUCGCACCAAAUGAAAAUGAAUUAAAAUGGACAGUUGCGUUUUGGAGAAAACAUUUGAACAAGUGUUUCUGACAUGUCAUGUUUUGUCAUGUACCUUCAUUUUUCUUCACUUGCAAUUAGAGCUUGCUGUGUGUUUAUUAAACAGAAAGCCUGAAGGGAGCAAUAAAACCGAGUAUUAAUAGAAAUGCCUAAUCCCACAGGAAACCUGUAGGCCAAUUUUUCUCAAGCCAUCUCACAAAAUAAGAAUUUAAAAUGUAAAUAUUGUGUAUUUGUGUGUGUGUAUGUGUGUAUGUAAUUUGAUUUACCUCAGAUUUUUAAAUCUCUUCAGAAAGAAUGCCAGGAAUAAGACUUUGUGGGCACUGGGUGCCUCUCAGUGAAAUGUUGUAUAUCUGUCCACCUUCAACAUUCUUUGGUGUAUUUGAGUCCUGUAUUGAAAGAACACAAACAUGGAGAGUUAAUGAAAGAUGCUGUAUUUCUCCUACUUUGGAGUACUGUCGUGAGCACUGUUAUUUAGUGGCAAACCCUGGAUGUGCGUUUUAAUAGACAGUCUAUGAUUGUUUUUCAAAAGCUGUCAUUCUAGGGGUUAAACCGCUUAGAAUUCCAGUUUCUUCUUCUUGGUGUAAGCAAGAAAAUCUGUUGUAUUUCAAAAUGUUUUCACUGAGAAAAGUGGCAAGGUAAACUAGCAAUUCACAUUCCAUUUAAAAUGGUCCGGUUCAUCAUAAAUUCUCAGAUAUUUGUAAAUGUAAUAGUUUUUAGAUGCUUGUAAGAAAGGUCUGCUAGUAUUAAAUGAUAAUUCCUGUUACUGGGUAUGUGUGUAUUCAGAAAUAGCUUUGAGCUUCACAGGUCUCAUCUCCUUUUUUCAAUAGCAAUCCUGAGCAAGGGGUAUGUGAUAAGGAUUCUACUCAUAAAUGCAUCUGUUUUUACAUUCCACUGUAUCAGUGAAAAUGGGGAGAAAGAUAAGCAGUGGCUGGUUCCAAAAAGCAAAGCCAGAAAAUAGCCCUGAAAGAUUGAGAUGUAAUUUAAUUUGUUUAUAUGCUAUCUAUUAUUUUUAGCAGCAAAACAAAAAAAUGCACAGUAGAUUAACAGAAUUAAUGUCAGAAAACAAAAAUAUGUAUAGAAUACAAAGCUAACACUGAUUAAUUGGCAUGAGGGUUCAAAAAGAAAAUAUGAACUCUGGCUUUUCAAAUCUUUCAAAUUUAUCAUAAGAUCUUUAGGAAGUUUAUUUGAAAGCUCAAACUAGAAAUUAGGUCAAAAUGCCAUUUUAUUGUGUAAGCUAUUGGGCAUUAUACAACAAAUAAUCUAGGAUUUAUUUGGUAUUAAUAAUUUAGGUAUCAUUAGAUGAAUACUAUCGUCUAUUAUGUAAUAUAGUAUACUGUUGGAGUAGUGUCAAUUUCUAAAAUUCUCCCAGGCUGCUAUAAUGCAUGUCUGACCUAAUUUCUAUUCCUCUUGGAAAAAAAAAAAAGCAAUGUUGCAUUAAGAAUUCUGCAUUUCAAAUGGACUUUACCCUUUGAAUUUUAAGCCAUGCUAUCUUCAAAUUAAUUUUGUGCGUGAUGUCUACAUACAUUUAUGUACAGUAUGAAAUGAUUGACCCUGUAGUGUAGUAUGUGGUAGAAUUCUACUUGUUAAGUAGGUUAUAUAUAGACACUAAUGUAUGAGGCUAUACAGUGUCCUGUGUUUCUUAGUGCAAGGCCCUAGAAUAAAAACAUCCACAUAAUUUUAACUUAAAAGCAAUCCCGUGCUAGAUCUGCAAUUAUGCAGUGCAUUAUUAAUUGGCUCUAUGAUAGAUUCUUGACCUUACAAUUUAAGUUAACAAUAACAACUGAAAUCAGAAUUUUUUUGUGUGCGAGUCUUAUUGAUGUAAGAAACAUUGUUUAAAUUGUCUAAAUGGAUUCUGCCUGCAGUCGUUUGUGUACCUGCCUAUUAGGAUGUGCUUUCCUCCCCGUGUGAGUGUUUGUGCGUAAUGUCUCAGCCUGCCAGUUAGAUAGAAAUUUUAUAGGCUUAAUGGUGUUUUUUCAUGCUAUUCAGCAUCCCUGGCCUCUUCUUACAUCUUACCCACUAAACCCAUCUACCCAACACAACGAAAGUCCAGUACCACAAUGGGCCAGAACUCAUAGUUGGGCAUCACCAAAAAAAUCACAACUGAGAAGACGAAGAGCACAGAAUGUUAGAGCUGAAAGCAACCUGCAAGGUAGGGUUCACUUUGCAAAUGAGCUAAUGGAGGCCCACAGAGGUUCCCAGCAGCGUUUUAUACCCUGCAGCAAAAGGGAGUCGGGAACUUGGCAGUGCUAAGUCCACUUGCCUCUUCCUUCUGGGGCCUGCCGAUCUCUCUAGGGUCUAUGAUCCUUUUUUAGGGUGGACAAUAUCCUUUAACUCAACUACUGCUUUAGAUUUUUUUUCAGAUUUAAAUAUUCAUUUUAGUAAGCAUCUAUCUCUCUGGGAGAUGAAAGGAGGGUUGAUUUAGGGAUGAGAGUAAACUUUAAAGGAAAACUACCAAACUAUGUGAUUUGGGUGUUUAAAAUUGCAAAACGUUGGUCCCAACUGCCUAUCAUAUGUAAAGGAUCAUGAAUGUUGUGUAAAUAGUAACUAUAAGAAGCAUAAAUUUUCAUCAUUAUAAAUGAUCUAAUGAUCUUGACAUUAAUAAGAGAAUGCUUAAUAUAUAAAGCAGAGCCAAGUCCUCUACCAAAAGGCAUUGUCUUUGGAAAAGUUUUGUAAAAUGACUUGGGGCAUAAAUUGUGAUGAAAAAGCAAAUUUAUUCUCAGUUCCAGUCAUGCCUUAUGAUCAGAAAGCUGGAAGCUAUUUUCUUUUAAAAAUAAUUAAAUUUAAUCUACUGCAUAGCUUAAAGAGUAGGUUCCUUAAAGCUUAGCUCCCAUGCUGGUGCCAGACUUGGGAACAUCUAGAUCAGUGCUGUUUGACAGGACUUUCUGUGAUGAUGGAAAUGGUUCUGUAAUCUGUGCUGUCCAGUGCCAUAGCCACUAGCCACCAUGGCUGAUGAGCAAUUGAAAUGGGGUUGCUGGGGCUGAGGAACUGGGUUUUUGUUUCACUUAAUUUUAAGUCAUUCACAUUUUAAUAGCCCCAAUGUGGCUAAUGGCUACCAUUUUGAACCGCAUGGUUGUGGAUGGUUGUGCAAGGGGAUCGUGCUUUAGGGUGUUAAUGGGGCAACAAAGGGAGGCAAAGAAGAGAGCUUGUCUAGUAACAUGCAAGUGGGGAAAUUUUUUUCUUUCUGGGCUUAAAAAGUACAUGAUCCCAAGUAUGACAAAGUGAAAAUUCAUUGAUUGCCCUUUGAUGUUAUUACUUAGAUACUUUGGGACAAGAGAUGGUCAGUGAAGCUUAAAGAGUACUUUAAUAAGCCCUUUUUCUGGGAUCAUUAGCUACAUGUGAAUCUCAUGUCCAAAAAUAAUAGACAGUGGCUGUCAAACAUUUGACUUGCAAGCUAUGCAUGACCUGUGCUGUGGAAUUGUGUUUUGGGUCUUGUGGCCAAAAAGUAUAUGUUACAGGAAAAAAAACAGCCUGAUGAAAUCCCUCUUUACUUCCAACCUCUUACCCAAAUUUCAUUCACUGCAUUAGGAAGGUGUGAAAUGUGUAAGAAUAAGCAUUUUUUGUGUUGUUCAUAGAUAAGAGUUUUGGUUUUGCUUGCCCUUGAUGUCUGCCAGCUUGUCAUUGUAUUGGUGUGGGCAUGUCCGAGCAUCAUUUCUCAGAUGCCAGUCUAAAAAGUGGGUACUAUUUUUAGAGUAAGAUUUGACAUUGUCUUAGUCUUGUUUGGUUUUUAUUUUAGUUAUCACUGAAGGAAUUGAAGAUUGGAAGCCUUGCACAAAGGCCCCCCCUUUUUUUUUAACAGCAAAAACAUCGUCAAUGGAGUUUAAAGACUUGGGGGGAGGGUUCUUAAAACUACUAGAAUUUCUUCUUAAGUGGGUAAAGGGGAGAUGAAAAUUCUUCUUUCUGAUAGUCCAGUACUUAGCCCAGUCUAGAUUUUUAUUUGAAAGGAAGAGUUCCUGUCUCUUUAUUUGAAAAUCUUCUGUGUAGACAUUGAUUACUCUACUUUUCACUCUGUACCAAGUGUAAUGUAAACCAAAUGCUUUUGCUUCAAUUUAGCAAAACUGGGUUUUUCUGGAACAUGUCAAUGAGCAAGACUGUUCUCUACAGCUUGUCUUUCAAAAUCAUUUUUUAAUUUUUGCAAAAAGUGGUAGUUUUUCUUUAGAUUUAAGAGGAAGUUAGAUGUCCAAAGGUUAUUGGUAUAAGAGGAGUGAUAUAUGAAAGAUUUGGAUUUCUAACUUCUCUUUGAAAAAUGAUGCUGCCAACCAGUCAUCAUUUUUUUCCACACAAAAAAUACCAUCAUUCAGUUGUUUUGUCAUCGUUGACCUAGAUGAAGAAGCUGCUCCCUGACGUUUCCAUCAUUCUCAGUAAAACGUCACCUACAAGGUAAUCCUUACCAAAACAGAAACUCCAAAGAAGAAUGAAAGUCAAGAUGAUUCAGUAACUAUUUUGGAAGCAGUAGUCUAGUUCAAAAGCCAUGAUCUGUUGCUGAAUUUUGUUAAACCUAAAACACUUCUAAAAAAUAAGUGGAAAUUCAAGCCAUUGCCUUUUUUUUUUCCUGACACAAUUGAUUCACAAUGUAUAUAUGCACAUGAUUUAGCUGUAAGUAACUGGAGUAAUCAAGUGAAAAAAAAUGUUGUUAGUCAUGUCUACCAAUUUGUGGGUUACACAAUGUUGAAUUUAGAUGUUAGUUUCUUCAAUGCUAUGAGCUGCAUACAUUAUGCCAAACCAACUACCUUUGCAAGAGUUAUAGACUGAAUUCUUGCAAACUUUCAAAUAGAUGAAGAUGUGGGUUCUACUGUAUACAUUUUAUUAGGAAGCCAUUGAUCACAGAAGAACAUAAGCAAGUGGGGCAUUUAAUUUCUGUCUUCAAUGGCCUGUUAUUUUUUGACUCUGUUCAAGCAAUCGAGGAUAAAGCACCAUUAUUUCUGAACUCCUGAAGUGUGGCUCCGAUUUUUCUGCACAAGUCUCCUUGCUGAGUUGGGCCAGUGAUUUUUUUUUUUCAGGAUUCACUGCCUGGGAUAUCCCACUAGGUAUAUCUCAUUUAUGAUGUUAGUGGUGCUUGAAAACACUCAUCUCGUUAGCUGGACUUUAUUAUUCUAACGUUAAGGUUUUUUAUACUAUUCAUAUGACAUUUUUAGAGACAAUCACUUAGUAAUUAAUACUUGGGGCAAAGUACUGGGGGGCCUCUUGAAGUGUGUAUUUUCUUUGUGUUUGAGGGGAUGUUUUCCUAUAGUUCCUGUUCUAGAACAUUGCUCUAAAUUCCUCACCAUGGGAUGUAGGGCUAGAGCCAACAUGGAAGUCUUUUGUAAUCUCCCUAGUGCAUGAGUUAUUGGAUUAUUCUAACAAGAGUUUUCCAUAGGGGCACUCAGUUUUUAACUUGACAUUUGGUUUUAGUGAAUCCAGAAAUGGACAGCUGGGAAUGAUGGUGGUGAGGGCUACAUAGGCUGUGAGAGGAAGGAAGUGGGUGAGUCAUAUGCCCCUAAGGGGAGCACAUUGGUGUCUCUGCUGUCUUGAUUUAAAUAGUGGGAGAACAUAAUAGCUGUAUCUUACACUGUGCUUCAGAAAAUUCCUGGUAGGAUUUUCCUGGCUAAAAGACAACCCAACCACUGAGUAGAUCCUCUGGAAAAGGUGGAGCUGAAUAAAGGUCAGUCUUGACAGAACCGAGCUCAAGAAGGAAGCACAGGAAAACUAGAAAUAACUUAGUCAAGCACACAAUUCCAGGAUGGGCUACCAAAUUCUUGGGCACCUUACAAGUUUGGGAUGUUUAAGUCGAAGACAUAGAGGUUGUGCUCAGCUGAGGAAGGGGUCCCAGGAGACCCCAUUAUUCCUCUCAUCCUGCCCUGUUGUCUUUGCUUAGGUUGUCAGCACUGUAGACAAUUUCAGAGGCUGCUCUCGCGUCAGUUGCCAACAUCAGUAUGGAUCGGUACCAACUCGAGCGUCCUCUGAACGCUGGGAUGCUGUCCCUAUUCCUGUGGACUUAUUGUGACUCGAGUAUAUUAAUACUGUUGGGAAAACUUGUUUAAAAAUAUUUAGGUCUAUAUUCUGGUUGUUUUUCAUUUAUUAUAUUUUUUAUUCCACCACGUGUUCAUCUUUGCCUCACUGGGUAGUUGCAGAUGUGGAGGUUGGUUUCAGCUUGGGUGGUUUUAACUCCCAACAUAAACCAUGCAACUGCUGCACAGGGUCCUUCCAUUCUUACUGCUCCACUGGGGUGUCCUCCAGUCCUCUUGAUAACAAAUACUCCAGGCCCAUGGCUAGAUUAAUGCUGCUCAGAGGCUGUUAACUCAAGUCCUUGACUUGUUUCAAUUACAAUUAUGUGGAUUAUUUAUUUUAGGAGCUUUUCUUUUAAAGGGCCAAGUAGCCCUACAGAUAAAUGAGCUGCUGGGCUGUGUAGAAAAUAUUGUCCAAAUGUUGCCAAAUAUUGACUUUGUAAAGGGGAUAUCAAGCUGCUGUUUAUAAAUCUGAAUGUCUUAAAAAGCAUUCUUGCUUGCUCUCUCUGUUAUAGAUGGUGUCUUAGCAAGUCCUGAGUUUUUCCAAUGAACCCAAUUUUAAUAUAUGGUAUUUUUGUAUGCCAAACUGAUGUCUUGUCCUUUGUAUAUGUGGUAAUGUUGAUUUUAUGACUACUGUUAAAACACAUUUGCUAUGAUUAAAAUUCAUAAAAUGAU